UUCUCCCUUUCCCUGUAUAAUUUUCACAGACCCUCCUAUAUAAAGACCCUCCCUUUUCCUACCCUCAUAACUCAAAAGAGCCUUAAAUUUAUGGGAUAGGUACCCUCCCAUAAUAAGGAUUAAUCCCCACCUUCCCAAAUCUCUUUGAUAGGAAACUGCUUCAAAUAUUUACACCAAUCCCAACUCACAUUAUCACAACAGACUGAUACUGACAUAUCCUGCUAAACUCCACACUCCUUCCGUACUCUUCUUCACCCCCCUUUUACCUUUCUUUUCUUAGCUUUCUUGGAGUUAGGAAUCUCAUAUUCUCUACCAUUUCUAACUAAACAUCUUUCUCUCUAUUCUCUAUCUUCCACCAUGAGAGCUACUCAUCCAAACCACCACCAUAAUCAUAAUCAUCAACCUUCUCAGAAGCGAAGCAGUGCUUCAAUCUUCUCCUGCGCUUUCUUUCGCCACUGUACUGAUUCCCCUCUUAGUCCUAAUACUCCUCACUCUUCGCCUCCACACUUUUCGUCGUCUUUGCCUCUUCCUCCUCCUCUUCCGCCACCGCAGGUAACUAGCAGGAUUCUUUCUUCUGCUACUCAUUCUGCACCACCUCCAACUUUGCCUCACCACCCUGUUAAGCCUUCUGAUUCUGAGUCCUCUUCCUCUUCUACUUCCCAGAGUUUCACUCAGUGGCGUUUUCCUUCUACUUUUCCUCAUCCUCCACCUGAACACUCUUCUCCCAUGCUGCCGUCACCGACGGCUGCGGGGAAACAAGGGUUUCAGUUUCCUGAUCUUAUUGAGCUUUACCAUAUGGCAGAGCUCCAUUUUGCUUCAGGGUCGGAUUCGGAUCGUCUUGCGGCUCUCCAUAUGUUGGAGCAGUCUCUUGUCCCGAACCCACCCUCGGAUGCUGUCCCUGAGAGUGGGGCUUCAGUGGUGGUUCCGACGGUGGUGGUGGAUGAGGUGUUACAGCACAUGAGCCAAAAAGUCUCGGCGAAGUCGGCUACAAAGGUCCUGCUGGCGCUCUGCCUGGCAGAGGGGAACCGACGGAUGGCAGUGGAGUGUGGGGCCCCGUUGCGAGUGGUGGAUGCUCUGCCAGACCUUGAAGGGUCAGUGGCAGAGCGGGCAUUGGCGGCACUUGAGCUCAUGUGCACAAUACCUGAGGGAGCAGCCGAAGUGCGGGCCCAUGCACUCGCGGUGCCAAUGCUGGUGGCAACCAUGGGGCGAAUGGAGGGCCGAGGGCGGGAAUAUGCAAUUAGUGUUCUCACAGCGGUGUAUGGUGGUGGUGAUGAGGACCAUCAGGUAUGGGAGGCGGCGCCACCCGAAGAAGUAGCGCGGGCGGUGGUCCUGGCCAUGCAGCAGGGGGACUGUAGUGCUAGGGGGAAGAGGAAAGGUUCUCAGCUUCUUAAGGUUCUUCAAGAAAAUGGGAGGGUUGAUUUAACUCAGUAAUUGUGAUGCAAGUUAUAUAUUAUGAUUAUAUAGUGUAUGGUUUGAUUCUAUAUGAUUUGAUGAGUAUCAAUUAUGCACCCCUGAUUCCCUGAAGGCCUGAUUCAGAUAAAUCCCUUUAACAGCAGAAUCUUCAUCGAAUUUCGAAAUUAUUAUCUGGUUUAGUUCCUGAUUAUAGCAGUCCAUGUUAAUUUUCUUUUCAUGAUCUUUGUAUAGUUAACUAAGCCUGCAUGUACGGAAAAAUAUAGAUCAAGUAUGCUUGCUUUUGAAUUUUUGAUAUAUAUAUAAGGUGUUAUGGACUUAUGGGUGAAUAUAUAUUUAUAUUGCAUGUAUUGUUCAUGAAUUCGAUAAAAGUAAAGUAACGAGCGGAAUAAAGGUUAUGUUCUCA